AAUGAUGUAGCAUUUAAGAUUUCAGCAAAGCAACAGUGAAAGAACAAACCAGUAACCCAGACUUUCAAGAAUGCACAUUUUUCAAAACAGAUGAAUGUUUCAUUCUGAUAUUCAUGCCAGGUGUGGGAUAUUCAAGAGAUUUUCAUAAAUGCAGCUUUGAGAACUCGCUUGCUUCGUUGUUCGUUAAUAUAACAGAAACAUCGAUUUCAAGGACACAACACACGUGAUGAAACAAUGGGCAAAGAAUCUUGGGAAUGCUACAGUGGAUUACGAUAGCCACUUGACUGACAGACCGUUAGCGAUAUGGGCACGUCUGUGUACAAAGAGGUCUUUUUACGGGCUUUCGAAAGAUUAAAUCGCUGCUGAUAAGGAAAGUUGUUGCUACAGUUAAUACUGGAUGUGGGAUUAUUGUGUGCAAGACUGUCAGCCUGAAGUACAAGCGAGAGGGAAUCGCCAAUACUCUCGGUGUGGAAAUAGUCUGUACUCGGCAUCUCUACCUUUGAUGCACAUCCAACCAAGUGGAUGAUAAAGAUGAAAUGCACUGUCAAUGUUAGAUGCGAACCAGCUAUACCAAGACAGUCAGAGAUGAAUUUUAGCGUCGAUGAAUGGAGGAAAUUAAAAGUUAAGAAAGACCAAACAGAACACUGCUCGAUUUCUAGUGAUACGCGUGGUCCUGCUCACAAAAUGAAAGAUACAGGGAUUAUAACUGAAAGGGGAGUUUCUACCACUUGUUAUGCAAGAAUGAAUAACGCAUUGAAAACAUUGAAAAACGAAAUGGUGCAGCUAGCAUAUUUGAAUGUACAGCUAAUGGAAAAGAUGAUGGAAGUACAGAAUCAAAUUGAAGCAAUCAAACAGAAUCGUAUGGACUUGAUGUUGGAAGAGUACAAAUCAGAACUCUUUGAAAAACAGGUUGAAGGUUUAAUAGCUCGAGCAUCAAGCAGUGAUCUUACUUCGUGUCCUUUGUCACUGAAAGACGAAAACGACAAUAUUAUAGGUAGCAAUGAGUCAACAUUUACAGAUGGAUCAGUGUUCGUUGAAAAGAAUAACAUUGGGCGUGGUCGAAAAUCUACAAUUGACAGUUUAUCAUCGUUACCUAGCUUGUCUUCAAUUCAAAGCGAUUUAUCGUAUAUUAUGAGUGAAAAUGACAUUGAUGACGAGUACCUUAGAAAUAAACAGGACACGAGGUCUUCGGAUAGUGGCAUUGACGUUCGGACUGAAACUUUGGAGCUUGAUUGCUUUCUUGCAGCGACCACAUCAACACUUUGAUUGGGGAUAUAGUAACUAAAUUCUAGAAGAGUUACCAGGCAUAGGUCUAAGUGGAGGAUCGCUGUCCUUGGGAGUCCUGUCAGUGUCAGCUACUGAUAGAUAGAAUGGAGGCAGUGUCAGCUACCAAGCAUAUCUUUAUUUUCGAUGGAGAUUUAAAUUCUCGAGACAAGGUAAUAGAUAUGUCAGAUCAGAUAAAAUCUCCAAUCUACCGACUUCUACUAUCAAGCACAUUCAUGGACAGUUUUUAAGUAGUAUAGCAAACAGGUUUUAUAGCUGUAUGUAAAUAUAUUUUUAGGCGACAAAAUUUCAUGACCUAAAAUUCGAAAUGGCUUUAAUUAUGUUUUAGAUGAGAAAUUUUAGAUAUUUCCAGUUAUCAGGCUCAAAUAAUUACAAGUAUUUUAGAAAGUUCAUCCUGACCUUGAAAAGAGCUAUUAUGAUUUGUUGCUUAUAAAACUGGUUUUUAUAAUUUAAAACGUGUGUAUGCCAUAACUGAAUUCCAGUGAAGUUUAGGGUAUGCAAAUCUCUCUAAUCUCUUCGCGUCCAUGCACAUGGAGAUAAAAGCUUUUUUGUAUCACCCAACUCAGUGCUAAGCUAUUACUGGGUCAAGUUUCUAUAAUCUUUUGUGGACAAGCAACUGUCAUAAAAUCCGGAUUUAACGUCGAAAAUAUACUUUACUUAUAAAGUAGCCUCUGUUUCAUUCGUGUACCUCAAUCCCAUGUAAAAUUCAAAAAUCAAAUCGUUCGCUACCUACCCCAUUCAGAUAGUAAUUAGCAGCAUACACCCAGUUAGCGCAUAUUAUGCAUUGAAACACUUUUUAGAAAUAAUGCAAUUAUAUUAUAAGGAGUCAUAAAAAAUUGUCCUAUAGUUAAAAACAAUUGAUGCGAUGCUUGGAAAGUGCUAUACUGCAACUUUAACCCUACUUUGUGGCAAAUCGCUAAACCUCCUUUCUGUAGAAUUGCAUAGUUCAUAUCUUCUUGUUCGUAUAACUUGGCCUAUUAUCUACCCUUCUCUGACUUUAGCUUUACUUUUAAUGCUAAGGAAUUGGAAAUAGAUGUAUCAAAAGUCGAUAUCCAUUAAGCUCACUUUAAAUUGAAUUGAAGCAAUUUUACUUCUUAUUGCCUCCAAAUAUAUUUUGAUUAAGGAUUUUACCUAAGACUUGAUUUUACUUUGUUUGGGUGCUUUUUGCAGACACAUUGUCGAAACAUCUGAAAACCUGUCGUCAAACAAGCCUGAACAAAGAUAUUUUCAAGGAUAAACCAAGGGUAAAUCGAAAGAAGAUAAAUUUAAACUUAAAUAGAAAGCAAAAAAAUUAAGUUACUGAAAUAAAAAGAAGUUAAGUAUCAAGAGCUAAGAAGAAAACCCAUUAACCUGAAGAACUAAAACUCUUAUCUUGAGUAAAAUUU